GCUCAUUUAGUAAAUGGAACAAGCCCUAUGUGAAGCGAUUGAAGCCAACAAAGAAAGUAAUUUUUAUUUUUUUUUAUUUUUUUAUUUAUUACAGAUACAAAGAAAGUAAUUUUAAAGCAAAAGAUGAAGGAAGAAUAGGAAAGAACAUGUUCCCGGAGAAACCGCCAUGGCAUUGGACUCGUUCUCAAAAUUAAAACCUGAAGGAUGAAAUUUUGCAAGAGUUAUGAAAAUUACAUGAAGCAAUUGGGGAAGACUCUUCCCGGGAUUGGAUACAGAAGGCUAAAGAAAAAUAUUAACAAGUGCAGGAAUCAUAUGAUGUCUCAAGAGGAUGAGGCUGUUAGUCCUCUUGAUUGUUCAGUGUGUGAUGGGAUUUUUUUCCCUUCACUCUUUGACGAAAUGUCAGCUGUGGUUGAUUGUUUUGACAAAGAGGCUCGGAAAUUGCUUGAUCCACCGUUGUCAUGCCCAUGGGGCAUUUGGAGGUACUCUUGCUUUGACUGCUCAGGAAAUGGGCCAAAAGAUCAUGUUUUGAUGAAAGAGGGUCAAGAACUGCUUAUUUAUGCAAUGGUUAAUGCCAUUGCAUUUAGGAAAAUCCUUAAAAAGUAUGACAAGGUUCAUAAGAGUGAAAAAGGCCGGGAAUUCAAAUCAGGUGCCCAGGUUAAACACAUCAUGAUCCUUCAAUCUCCUUGGUUCUAUGAGCUCAUGUCUUUCCAGAUCAACUUGAGGGAUAGAAAAUUCAAAGAUACAAGCCCAGAUGCGUCGCUGUUUGAAGAAUUAGCCCUCAUGUUUAACAAUGACAUUCCGUCGAUGAACUGUGUACUUUUUGAUUCCUUCUGGGUCGAUGUCAAUUUAAUCUGUCCUAUUUGUUUGGAUAUAGUCUUUGAUGCGGUGGCUCUUAGAUGUGGACACAUCUUAUGCUAUAUGUGUGCUUGCUCUGCUGCUUCAGUGACUAUAGUCGAUGGCUUGAAGGCAGCUACUCCAAAGCAGAAGUGUCCUCUAUGUCGAGAGGCUAGGGUGUAUGGUAAUGCCAUCCGCUUGGACGAAUUAAACGUUCUGUUAAGCAAAAGGUGUCCUGAGUAUUGGGAAAAGCGGCUUGAGUCGGAGAGAGUAGAGAGGCUUCGGCUGGUGAAGGAACAUUGGCAGUCACAAGUGAAUGGUCUCUCAUGACAGUUUGAGCUUUGUUGUUAUAAUUACUUUCUUUCUAGUGCAAAUGUUAGAAGUCUUGGGUCAAGAUAAUUGAUUUUUGCAAACAUUAGCUCGAAGAAUCCUCUGUUUAUUUUGUAACUAAUAUUGUAAAUGUAAUAACUAAUAACGGUAUAUAUAAUCAUUUCACAUAGGUACAUAACACUAUAUGUCUAUAACUGUGGAUGCAAUAUUGUUAGCUAACCUAAUUGGUUAAAUAUAUACAUGGCAUCUUAUAAAUC